AUGGAUUCGAAGAAUGUGCCGGUCAAAGACAUCUUUUUUAUGGAUUCACUUAGUGGUGACGCAAGGAGAGGAGGCUACGACGACAGGUUGCUUACGACCAUACUCAAUUCAAUUGAGAAGCACAGUAAUAUUGACACGAAUAGGGCCCUCUUUAUGGAGGAUAUCAAAUACUGUCUCCUCGUGAUGGGCAUUCCAAAUGUCGGUAAAUCUACGGUGAUCAAUCGUUUACGGAACGUAUAUCUAAGAAAAGCAGGGCGAGCAACAGUGACUGGACCUAAAGCGGGCGUUACCAAGGCCGUUUUGGAGAAGAUUAAGAUUUGCGACAACCCCCGUCCCAUUUACCUCUUUGACACGCCGGGCAUUUUGGAGCCAUCCUUUCACCGCCUGAACAGUGAUGCCGACCGUGAGGCACUGAUGAAGUGUGCCCUCUGUGGUAACAUUGCCGAUAACGUAGUCGGUCCCGAGCUGAUUGCCGAUUACCUUUUAUUCUGGCUGAACAAACACAACAACCACCUGUACGUGGACUUUUUUGGCAUGCCAGGCCCGUCAAAUGAAAUCGCCGAAGUGCUCACCUACGGUGCCAUUCGUUUUGAUGCACUAAAACAGACUCGAUCCUUUGAGACCGGCGAAAAGACAGUGAUACCGAACAUGCAUGAAAUGGCCGAAAAGUUCAUUCGUGCAUUCCGUAAAGGCGAGUUUGGUGCGUGCUUUCUGGAUCGAGAACACCUGGAGUCGAGGUGGUGA